GCCCACCCCAGUCUUGACAGCGAACAUAAAAAGGACAUGUACACCGACCGUUAACGACACAGCUACUUAGCUAGCUAAUUAGCUAGCUCAUAGACCGUAGUAAACCAUUGACGUACAAGGGGUUUUAUUUCAUCAUAAACUGUAGCAUGUAUGUAGUGAGUUAAGUUAUUAUAAUGGCGUUCAAUGGCCACCAACGCGAGGAUGAAAAUAUCGACGAAGACGAAACGCCCACGAAGCAGCCGCGGUCCGACAAGGAGAUGCCCGACAAUGAGGCAGCCGCGCCCGCAGGAAGAGACACAUCCGACCGGAGGACCUCCAACUCGACGGCGAGGCUUCGGAGCGACUCUGUGAAGAAAACAAGGCCGCCAUUUCCCUGGUUUGGGAUGGACAUUGGAGGCACUCUGGUGAAGCUGGUGUACUUUGAGCCCAAAGACAUCACAGCAGAGGAGGAGCAGGAGGAGGUGGAGAACCUGAAGAGCAUCCGGCGCUACCUAACCUCCAACAUCGCCUAUGGGAAAACGGGCAUCAGGGACGUGCACCUGGAGCUGAAGGACCUGACGCUGUGCGGCAGGACGGGCAACCUGCACUUCAUCCGCUUCCCCACACACGACCUGCCGGCCUUCCUGCAGAUGGGUCGCAACAAGCACUUCUCCAGCCUCCACACCACCCUCUGCGCCACAGGAGGGGGGGCGUACAAGUUUGAGUCUGAUUUCCGCACGAUGGCGGACCUGCAGCUCCACAAGCUGGAUGAGCUGGACUGUUUGAUUCGGGGGGUGUUGUACAUCGACUCGGUGGUCUCCAGCGGACCCUCGGAGUGCUACUACUUUGAAAACCCCACUGACCCAGACCGCUGCAUCCAGAAGCCCUACACACUGGAGAACCCCUACCCUCUGCUGCUGGUCAACAUAGGGUCUGGGGUCAGCAUCCUGGCCGUUUACUCUGAGAGCAACUACAAACGAGUUACAGGGACCAGCCUCGGUGGGGGGACCUUCCUGGGCCUGUGCUGCCUGCUGACUGGCUGCUCUACUUUCGAGGAAGCAAUAGAAAUGGCUUCUCAAGGGGAGAGCACACGAGUGGACAAGCUGGUUCAGGACAUCUAUGGAGGAAACUAUGAGAGGUUUGGGCUGCCAGGUUGGGCUGUAGCCUCAAGUUUUGGCAACAUGAUGUCCAAAGAGAAGAGGGAGUCUGUGUCCAAACAGGACCUGGCCAGGGCAACACUGGUCACCAUCACCAACAACAUCGGCUCCAUCACCAGGAUGUGUGCUCUCAAUGAGAACAUAGAGCGAGUGGUGUUUGUGGGUAACUUCCUGAGAGUGAACACGCUCUCGAUGAAGCUGUUGGCCUACGCCAUGGACUACUGGUCUAAAGGACAGCUCAAGGCGCUCUUCCUACAGCAUGAGGGCUACUUCGGAGCAGUUGGAGCCCUGUUAGAGCUUCUGCAUCCGUCCUAAUCGGGCCACUCUACAUCCAAAGAAGUACUUGUCAAUCUGCUGCAAAAACCUUUCGCACUUUAGACUGACCAGAAUUAAUUCCAUACUGGGAUGCUGCGUCAGCCACCAGCCAGUUACUGCUAAAUUGUGGCUGUGGCAGGUAAACUGUCAAACAUUUCAACGUCAGCAAUCAAGCCUGAAACACUUAAAGAGUACUCGUCAUCACAAAGUCUUAAGGACUGCAUUCACCCCUCAGAGGGUUCAGGUCCUGGGCCUGAUGUUGACCCUACUUAGGAACAGCUGGAUGGAAGGUUGUUCAAUUCUCUUAUUAGUUUAUCAUUUGGUGGCUAGAACUUAAAGGAAACAUUUUACCAGUAAAGCGUCAUUCAUCAUUGUUUAUUUCCUGAAUAUGUUGUUGAUUUAAUUACAAACAGGACAUUAUUAUUAUUAUUAUUGACUAAUCCUGUCAUCCCUACAUACUUACAGUCCUAAAUAACAACAUAUGGGAAAUCAACCAAGUCGUGGAUGAUAUCUUGAGACUUUAGACGAUUGAACUAAAAUGUAAAGACUGUCGGGCAAGACGUUGUCGUGAUAGCACUCCCAUCCAUCUGAUACUCCUCUUUAAAGGAGACGUUCACUGUUACUGUUAUAGAAUGCGUGGCGUUUAUUUACUGUCAGCAAUUGAGAUCUUAAUGUGUGUAACAUUUAUGAACCCAAUUGUUUACUCCAGGCUGUCAUUUUGUAACAGUGCAGGUAUCAGAAAAUCUAGACAAUCAGUUUUGAGGUUCGUGAGACUGGACUGUAGAGUCCAAGUGAUACAUUUAAAGUCCCUUUCUGACCCCUGCCCUGCUGAAGUGCCCUUGAGCCACUGCAUCUCUCUCCUUCUAGAGGGAAAUCAGAGCAAGUGGAAAUAGAUUUUGAUGAAUGUGAGAAUUGAGGUAACAAUGAGGGCAUUAUAUCCCUGAGUUUUCCCCAGAUUUAAUAAGAAAAAAGGUUCAUUUAAUGCAGAAACGUGAUGCAUCCCUCCAAUGGAGGCUUGAGGUCCUGUGAUCCCAAACCACGUUUGUCUUGUUCAGCAUGUCGGUACUUAAAUGUUGUGAAUUCACUGUACGUCUUAGUCAGGCUUCCUGAAGGUAGAACUUGUGUCUCUGACAUGCUUGUUAUCAGAGUUAUUUGUCCCAUCAUUUCAUUGAAUGCUUAUCCGUCCCACUUUAAUGUUUCCACCGAUGGAUUACAGGGACCAGAAUGAAUCCUCAACUUUCUAAAAGAGAUUUCACUCACAAAUGAGUUACUUGACAAAAAUGUAUCUGAAAGUUCUAUAUACAGUAAGUUGAUUUUAAAAUGAAGUGCCUGUCAUGUGUUUGUAUAGAAUACACUAAUGUGUUCAGCAAUGUGAUUUGAAAUGAGAGAAACUGUAACUCUAUAGGGUGUCCCACUGUUUGCUUGUAAUGUUACAUUGCAAAGAAAAUUUUUUUUCAGUCAUGACAAAUGUCCUAUUUAAUUGUUCCUAUUAAAUACAUGCCUUUCAUAUCUUUGUGUCAA